AAAAAAAAAAUCAGCCUGUUCUUUAUUUGGCAACCAUUUGAAUUCCAGUUGAAGGACGAGACCUAUCUCCCCUUUUCUCUUUUGUUUCGCGUUCAUUAUGAUCAGUUCACUUUUUGUGAUAAACAACCAAGGUAAAAUUAUUAUUGAAAAACACUGGCGAGGCAUCAUUGCAAGACAGAUUGUCGAUGUGUUUAAUGAUGAAUGUACCAAGUUUAUAAACUCAUUACCUGGUUCAACCGCAUCCAAUCAGACGGGUUCCUUAAAAGAGGCUUAUUUCACCCGAGAAGAUGUCCCUCCUGUCUUGGAAACAAACAAGUAUUGGUUACUGAACGUAUUGAGAGAUGACUUGACUUGGUUAUGCCCUGUAGAGAGAGAAGUGGAUCCUAUGCUUGUGUUUGAAUUCAUUCACCGUAUUAUUGAUGUCUUGACUGAUUACUUGGGUGAUGUGUCUGAAUCAUCCAUUCGCGAAAACUUUGUUACUGUCUAUCAGUUAUUGGAAGAAAUGAUGGAUUAUGGUUACCCUUUAACAACAGAACCUAAUGCUCUUAAGGAAAUCAUUAUGCCACCUACUAUUAUGAAUCGUAUGAUGACCACAGUCGGAGUAGCAGCAGGUGUGGCACCCAAAUUCCCUCAACAUAUGUCCAAUAUACCAUGGAGAAAAGCAGGUGUCAAAUAUACACAAAAUGAAAUUUAUUUUGAUAUUAUUGAAGAAAUUGAUGCCACUAUUGCAGCUAAUGGUAGUGUUGUCUCUUGUGAAGCCCAUGGUUCUGUUCAAACCAAUUGUAAAUUAUCAGGUAUGCCUGAUCUCUCUUUGAAUUUCGUCAAUGCAAGAGUGAUUGAUGAUGUUAGUUUUCAUCCCUGUGUUAGAUAUCGUAAAUGGGAUAGUGAAAAAGUAUUGUCUUUUGUCCCUCCAGAUGGUCAGUUUAAGUUGAUGUCCUACAGAGCUAGUUUAUCACCUUAUCAAGCCAUGCCUGUUCAGGUUAAACCACAGAUUAUGCCCACUAAGAAUGGAGGUCGAUUUGAUAUCACUGUUCAUCCUCGAUCCACAGAUGGGAAACCUAUUGAAAAAGUCGAAUUGACAUUACCUAUGCCCAAGAGUACAAGUAGUGUGAAUGCUACAUGUAAUUCUGGUCAAUAUAUGUAUGAUCCAGUCAACAAGUGUAUUCGAUGGGAUAUUGGUAAAUUGUCACAAAGAGAUAGAGCACCUGUACUUUCAGGUACAUUUAGUACAAGUGAAGAGAAUCCUGAAUUAGGUAUGAACAUAAGCCUUGAAUUUCAAAUCAACAUGUACUCUGUGUCUGGACUUAAGGUGGAUAGUCUUCGUAUAUUCCAUGAAGCAUACAAACCUUAUAAGGGUGUAAGAAGUAUGACAAAAGCAGGCAAGAUCCAUAUAAGAACAUAAAUAAAUGAGUGUACCAACUAUGUCGCACAAGACGAUAAAAACGAAAUCAUGACAGCAAUGCUUUGUGACUUGGAUGACGACAUGAGUCGAUCCCUUUGUUUUUCUUAU